ACACCGCCUGAACGUGAAAAUAAUAAACAAAAUGUUUUUAACAUAAAUAUUAGGAAAAGUGAUUGAAAUAAAAAUUGAUAAUAAGAAAUGGAAGUUGACGAAGAAGCAACACAGUCUAUACCAAAAGACAUCAAACACAUUGCUUCUGAAACUGUUCUGAAAAUCUGUUCAUCUCAAGUCAUUUUAAAUCUUGCUAUAGCUGUAAAAGAAGUUCUAGAAAAUGCAAUCGAUGCAGGAGCAAAAGUUGUUGAAAUUAAAAUAAAGAAUUAUGGAGCUGAUGGUUUCGAUGUUAUUGACAAUGGAUCUGGAAUCACUGAAGAGAAUUUUAUUGGAAUUACAGCAAAGCACAGUACUUCAAAGAUAAAAGAAUUUAGUGAUUUAGGUUCAAUAACAACAUUUGGCUUUAGAGGAGAAGCUCUUAGUUCUUUAUGUGCUUGUUCGAAUGUGACAAUCACCACACGUCACAAAUCAAGCGAACAUGCAUCAAAACUAACAUUUAACCAUAAUGGAGAAAUUUUAAAUAAAUUAAUUUGUGCACGUAACGUUGGAACAACAGUGAGUGUCACUGAUUUCUUCAUUACACUUCCAGUAAGACGAAGAGAAUUUCUCAAAAAUUAUAAAAAGGAUUUUAAUAAGAUGGUGCAGUUAAUUCAGGAAUAUUGCUUAGUUCUCAAAGGAGUCAAAGUUAUUUGCACGAAUCAACCGCCAAGUGGCGCACGUCAAACAGUUUUAUCAACAAACGGGGUCUCGGUGAUGGAAAAUAUAAUUUCAAUUUUCGGUGCAAAACAAGCAAAAAGUUUGAUUAAAAUCACGAGUCCGACGGAAGAUGGAACUGAUGAAGGAACUUACACACAACAAUCUGUUGCUGAUCUCGAUACUUUCAAUAGUGUCUUAGAUAUUAACCAACCUGAGCUUGAUUAUCUGAAUAUGUCGAGAUUUAAGAUUGAAGGAUUUGUUUCCAAUAUUGAGCAUAAUUGUGCAAGAUCAUCAAAAGAUCGACAAUAUUUCUACAUUAACUCACGACCAGUCGAACUUAGAAGCAUCAGCAAAAUCAUCAACGACGUUUACCAUCGUUACAAUGUCAAACAAUUUCCUUUUAUCUAUGUUAACUUAAAAAUGGACCAAUCGAAUGUUGAUGUAAAUCUUUCUAAGGAUAAACGUCAAGUUGCUGUUUGUCAUGACAAAAUCUUACAAUUGGCUGUUAAAAGAAGUCUAUUGAACACUUAUGGUGAACUUCCCUCAAAAUUUAGAAUCAUAAGUGUUAAUAAUUCAGUGAAAAACAUUCCAACAAAUGAGAAAGACUCCGAUGAAGAACAUGAAGAAGAUAAAAUUAUGGUCCUAGAGCCGGGAAAUAAAUUCGGAAAAACUUUAAAACAAUGGAAAAUAAAUCCAAAAGAUCCAACACCACCAAAUGAUGCAACAACUCAGAAUCAUAAAAGAAGAAUAAGCAAUGAAAUUAAAAGUCCAAAAAAAGCAAAAAUUAAUUUUUUCUUUCAUAAAACUAAUGACGAAGACUUGAAGAAAAAUUCAGAAGACGAAAAAAGUGAAGUUUCUUACAGAAUCGAUUGUUCAACUACACGAGUAGAAAAUUCUUUAAAGUUUGAGAAAAUUCCUUUUGCGAUGAUUAGCACUGAAGAAAAUUUAAGUGAAGAAACAACUCAAAGUAUUGAAAAUAAUUUUUCAAAAAUGAAUGAAACCCCAGAAAAUAUUAAUUUAAGUCAAACAGUUCCGACAGAAUGUUUACUGCAAUCUGAAAGACUUCCUAUAAGUCAAGAAACAACUCAAGAUCUUGAAAAAAGUUUUCUAAAAAUGGAAGAAACAUCAGAAAAUAUUAACAUAAGUGAAACAAUCAUGAGCACUUUAAAUGAUUCCAACACUGAUGACGAUCAUAAAAUGGAAGAAGCUUCUGAAGUCAUUGAAGUCGAUAGUUACAAUCUGAACGUCACUCAAUCGUCAACAAAAAUUGACGUCAGUUUAGAUGAACUCAGAACGAUGGCUUUUGCUGAAGAAAAUGCUUUUGAAAAAUGGAAAGAAGAAAAAGCAUCGAAAAAGAUUAAACUUCGUUUUAAAGAGAAAAUUAAUCCAUCUUCAAAUAAAAAAGCUGAAAUGGAACUUGAAACUGAAAUUAAGAAAGAAAUGUUCGGUGAAAUGGAAGUUCUAGGACAAUUUAAUCUUGGGUUCAUCAUUGCUAAACUCAACAGUGAUUUGUUUAUUGUUGAUCAACAUGCAUCUGAUGAAAAGUACAAUUUUGAAGAUUUGCAAAAGACGACGAAACUUCAGUCGCAACCUUUAGUGAUUCCUGAGCGAUUAGAGUUGACAGCAAUACAAGAAAUGACACUCAUCGAGAAUCUUCAUAUCUUCGCAAUGAACGGAUUUAAGUUUCUCAUCGACGAAAACGAAACUGCAGGACAAAAAAUUAAAAUUCACUCAAAACCUUUUAGUAAAAAUUGGGAGUUUGGGAAAGAAGAUAUUGAAGAAAUGAUUUUUAUGCUUGACAACGCACCUAACACUAUUUGUCGACCAUCAAGAGUCAGAACGAUGCUUGCAUCGCGUGCAUGUCGGAAGUCAGUGAUGAUUGGUGAUGCGCUGAAGGAACAACAAAUGAAACAAAUUGUAGAACAUAUGGGAGAACUUGAUCAUCCUUGGAAUUGUCCACAUGGUCGACCAACACUCCGCUAUUUGCAUAAUCUUGACUUAAGUGAUGAACAACUGUAAUUCCAAAUAUUUUUAAAGUUCACACAAAUUUUAUUUCAAAUAAAAUAAAAGUUAAUUAUAAAAUUUAAACGCUUAUAGUUUUGAAAACAUUAAAACCACUGUGAGCUGUUGAAAGAAUAACGCCAGGUAGUUGUGGAUGCCAGUGAAGUUCUUUAAUCUCUUUUUGUCCUUGAUGAAUGAAGAGAAGUUGAGGUGGAAGAUCACGAAGUUGAGGAUCGUUUUGACUCGUGUCAUUGUCGUCUCGUUCAACUGACAAAUCCCAUAAAGCAAUUUGAUCAUCGUCACCACCUGAAGCAAGGACAGUUGAUUCAUUUGGAUUCCACUCAACUGUUGUAAUGUGAUUUGUGUGAUGUUUGAAUGUAGCGAUUGGUGUAUUGUUUUGGAAAUGCCUUAAAUCCCAUACUUUAAGAACUCCGUCGUCACCACCACUUGCAAUAAACGGUUCAGUUUUAUUCCAGCUGAUAACAUUAACAUCACUUUCAUGAGAAUUCUCAGCUGUCAACAUACAAGCUUUUUGAGGAGCAGCACGAGUAUCCCAAAUACGAAUUGAUUUAUCAACUGAGCAUGUUGCAAGGACGUUACGUUCGUUAGGACUCCAUUGGAUGUCUUCAACUGACGAAGUGUGGCCGAUGAGUGGAGUUUGAUUUACAGUCCAUGAACCAUCAUCGGUUGGCUUCCAAAUGUGAAUAUCUUUUUGACAAUCACCUGUAGCAAGUACACCAGGUUCUGUUGAGCUCCAAUCAAUUCCAUAUCCUUCGGAUCGGUGACCACGAAACACAAAAACUGGUUUCACAAGUAAACUCUGAUUUGUGUCUUCGUAAUUCUUUAACAGAUCUGAAUCAUCAACAGCUUUCAACUGAUCUGUAAUGUUGAAGAUGAAAACUUUUCCAGUUUCGCUCCAACUUGCGCUGAAUGUCUGAUUAUUAACUUCACUGGAUCUAAUGCGGUUAACACAUCCGACAUGGUUUAAGAGGGCGCAAGACAUUUUUGGUUUUUUCUCUUCAAUUUCUUCUCCUUCAGUUUCAUCAUCAGACAUGUCACUUUCAAGAUCAGAAUCACCAUCUUCUUUCUCUUUGCUGGUGCGAUGCAAAUUACUCAUUUUCAUAACAAUGACAUUGUUAAUAUGAGAAGCAGCAGCUUGAGUUCCAGCAACGAUAUAAGAAGUCAUUGGAAAUUUCUCUCUUACGCCCAUUUUAUCUUUAACAAUAUCAAAACUUAAACAUGGUGCACCUGUCGAUGCAGAGUGAAGCAUAAUGUAAGCACUUUCAUCACAAACAAGUUCUUCGUCCUCAGCCAAUGGUUUUUUAUUCGGCAAAUAAACUUCAUCGUCAUUUCCAGACUCAUUUCCAUCAUCUGAUUCUAUUUCAUCAUUGUCACCAAUCAUUUCA